AUGGAUUAUUAUGACGGAUCAGGAUCAUCCUCAGAUGCAGACUUUGCUGUUGACACCCUCACUCUGGGAUCAACUACAAGCCGCCCCGUGCCUCUCCCUAAAUCUAACAUAGGGUGUGGACAUGAUAACGAAAGAUUCACUAAUGCAAAUUGUUCCGGCAUUGUUGGCCUUGGCCGUGGCGCGAUUUCUCUUGUUUCCCAACUGGGUUCUUCUAUUGAUGGCAAAUUCUCCUACUGCCUGAUUCCAUUUACUUCCCAUGGCAAUACCACAAGCAAAUUGAAUUUUGGUAGUAAUGCUGUGGUAUCCGGUUCUGGAGCCGUGUCUACUCCCUUAGUCUUAGGACAGGAUAGCUACUACUACAUAACACUCGAAGCAAUUAGUGUUGGCAGAAAAAUAAUCGACUUGACCGGUGCUUCCGAAUCCGGAAACCUAGAAAAAGGCAUAACAGUGACAUCGUUGCCUGAACAAUUGUACCCCGGUUUUAUGUCAGCUUUAAAAGAUGAAAUUCAUUUACCAUAUGUGGAUGACCCGACUGGACAACUAAUUCUCUGCUACAAGUCCUCGUUAGAUGAUUUUAGAAUUCCAAGUAUCACAGCGCAUUUCACCGGUGCAGACGUGGAGCUGAGUUCUAACCACCACCUUCAUUAG